AUGGGGGGUGCAGUUUCCAUAUGCGUGGAGCAGAUCAAGCGCCGGCGAGUAGAGAAGGACCUUGACGACAAGGUGGCGGAGGCGCUCCGGGAGAGGGCCAGGUCGAGGAAGAGGACCUUCAGGUCGGUGAACAGCAUCACCAUGCGCCUGCCCAGCCUCAAGGAGGGGCUCAGGGACAUCAAGGACGUCUUCGACCACUACGACGAGGACUCAGAUGGGACGAUCGACAACGAGGAGCUGAGGAACUGCCUGAACAAGCUCCAGGUUCAGAUGUCCGAGAAGGAGAUCGACAACGUUCACCGCUACUGCGACAUCGACAGCAGGAACGGGAUUCAGUUCCAGGAGUUCGUCGUCCUCCUCUGCCUCAUGUAUCUGCUGUUUGGCCCGGACGUCACGCGCCGUGUUUCGGAGUUUGAGUCGGCGAAGCUCAACUACGUCUUUGACGAGCUGAUCCACGCCUUUUUGUUCUUCGACAAGGACGGGAACGGGACGAUGAAAAGGAAAGAUGUCACCCGGAGGAUGAACGAGGUGUCUAAUCAGGAGAGGACUCCCAGCUACAUAACAGCACAGCUAUUCAAAGAGAUGGAUCUGAACAGGAAUGGGAAGGUGAACCUGAAAGAGUUCCUCUUCUCCAUCAUCAGAUGGGCAGGUCUCGAAACUGAAGAUGAUGGUAACAAUGAGACUUCUCCCUAG